GGGAGUGUUUACUCUCGUAAACAUCAGUUAAUAUGUUUGUUUACUUACGUAGAGGUCAUCCAUAAUUGAAAUCAUUUGGUUCUUUUGGGACAUCAUUGAAUUCGCGUGCUAGAACGAGAAACAAAAUACUUUGUCACUGGAGUGCACCAUUAAUUGCCAUUGGUGUCCUGCCAUCGACCGACUGAUAUCCUUCGUGUACUCUGUCCCAGGCCGUCUGUGAUCUGAAGUGACGGAAACUUACAUCCUAUCACAAUGUUGUAAAAUCUUGUGCUUGCUAUCUGUUGGACCGGAGUGAUAUCGUAACAGUCUAGCUCAGUUGCAAGAAGACAAGACGACCUCAACUUGAGUUUUGCGGUGAUGGAUAUAAAACAAAAUGGUGGGGAACAUGCACAUGUUCACUUUGAAGCAGAGCAGGUUAAAUCACAUGACCUUGAGAUUCAACUUAAGUAUGUGAAUGAAGGUCAUAUAGAAGUACACCUUGGGUUCCUUCAGAUGUUCCACCACUACACAGUCAAAUUCUGUAUCCGUGACCGCCUCACAGAGGACAUAGUUGCAGAUCCGUCUAAAAACCUAUAUGUUCAACUGAAAGACUACAGUCCUACAGAAGAUGGUCAAGGCCACAACAUUGAAGUGGAAUUUCAUGCUAUCAAGGACAAGCUGGUAAAUGAAGUAUUGACAAUAAAAAGCAGCACAGAUGAAAGUCAAACAGUGGAGCUAAUGUUCAAGGCCAGGGUUAUGGGGAAAGGAAAAGGUGUACCUGCUAUCAAGAAUGGUAUUCACUGUUACAAGGUGGAUGCUGAAGAUGACACAGAUGCUAACAGUGACUGGCAAGGCUUCAACUGAACAUACAAAGACAUCUAAUAAUCAAAUGAUACCUUCCAUAUGUAUUUAUGUUGGUUCUUGCGCUCAAGUUAUAUAGCUAAUAGUGUUAAUCAAUAAUUUGGUUAGGUGUGGAAAUAUCCAUCAUCUUAUAACUUGUUCACUGACCAUUGAUAUUCACGUGGCUUCCAAUACUAGGUGAAUGUAUAUGUAUGCUUAAAUAUGUGGUACACGAUACCAUCUUAUGAUGCCCAAGCAUUUAAUAUCCUGGAGGCAUAUGUAAGUAUAUAAUGCAUGUCUCUCUGUCCCAAGUUAUUGCCUUAAGUUAUUGCCCUAUCCUCAUUUCAUCAUUGUUGUAGAAUUUUACUCCGUUAUGCAUUACCACCAUGUGGGGUCUAGGUUACUGUUACUUGUAAUCGUAUUUUGCCAGAAUUAGCCAUAUAGCCCUUUGUUUGUUACUUAACUUUUUCCUUGAUGACUCCAUAUUGAAAUGCAUUACCCCCUGAAAAUUUUGCACACCGAUUUUACAUCAAUAAGGCCAGAGUCAAAAAUCUUACCAAUCAGCAUGGAAUUUUCUUGGGCUUGAUAUCUUGAAUGAAAAUUACACAUAGUUUUUAAAAUCGCUGGUAACAAAUCACAGACUUCAGUCAAAAGUCAGAUCCAUAACUGAAAUCUGCUAAAAUAACACCAGAUGAAUUAUUUCUAAUCUAGGGACAAUCAAACGGACUGAAUAUGGCUAUUUUAUCAUGACUUUACUGUAGGUCAAUAUAUGAAAGGUUAAAGAGAGGAAAUGGUUGUUUUCUCUAGUUAUAUCUUUUUAUAAAACAUCUGAUGCUGGCAGGGUACCAACUCAAUCAUAUAAAGCACUAUCAAUUUUUACUAGAUACUAAGUUUUAUCCCUAUGUUUUGUCUUAUAUAUUUUGGACAAUUUGCUUCAGGACUAAACUGCAUAUGGAGACCUCUAGAUCUUUGAUUAUGGCAUAUUUGAUUUUGUCGGAGUCACCUCAGCUUCAGAGAGCCACUAUGCUGGAGUCUGAUAAAAGUUUUUACCAUUCCAGACCUAGCUACACUGCUGAUUGGAUGAGCUGGCCUGUUUUUCUUCAGCUUAUCUGACCAAUCUAGAUAAUCUUAGAUUCUGUUGACCUUUGGACUGCUGACCUUGGGUUAACUGAUCAUGUGCUUUUUGAUCCUGUUGUUCCUUGUCUUAUUUGUUUUAUUGAAUAAUUUGCUAUUGUAACCCUGGUAAAAUACUAGCCGCAAUAUACCACUCGGCUAGAGAGAACUUCUCUUUAGCUCGAUUGGUUGAGCGUCAGACUAGUAAGCCAGGGGUCCCGGGUUCGAUUCCUAGCGGAGGCAUUUAGAUAAAAAAUGACCUCUGUUACAUUGGCGCCCAUGUAGGGACCCGGGAUUAGUACUUAGCCAUGCCCCAUCGGCAUCGCUGUAGCCCCUGGAAACUCGAGGACGAGUUAUUUCCUGGAGGGGGAGUAUGUAACCCUGGUAAAAUACUAGCCGCAAUAUACCACUCGGCUAGAGAGAACUUCUCUUUAGCUCGAUUGGUUGAGCAUCAGACUAGUAAGCCAGGGGUCCCGGGUUCGAUUCCUAGCGGAGGCAUUUAGAUAAAAAAUGACUUCUGUUACACUAUCUUAACUGAGCAGGUUCAUUUGUCCAUAUUCAAUUAAGGUGUUUUUUUUUUUAUCUAAACGUUCAAAGUUUGUUGGAAAAGUAUACAUACCCCCGACUGCUGAGUUGUUUUUAAAUUUUCCUCUGGAAUCACUCGCACAACCAUGUUAAAAACACAACCUACUUUUUCUACAAAAUGUGUAGUCUAUCCUGUUGUCUUUAGUAUGCUGUAAAGUUCAUUGUCACUCUAAGUUUUCUGUCAACUUUAAAUCUUUUUGGAGCUGAUUGUUGUAAUGGCCAGUCAAAAUGUUUUUGGUCAUUGAAUUAGAUGGUAUGGUAAUUUUGUAAGAAUUUCAUUCUGUCACAUUAUUUAGCUUUUCUGCGUUUUAGAUAUAAAGGGACAGAACAUGUAACUUGUAUUUACUACUAAUCAUUAUAUACAAAAAAUCUAACAAUCAAUGUAGAAUAUUUGUCAUACCUUAUAUACAUUCAUUUUUUGUACAUAUACGGUAGAUAAAAAAUAAUCAUGAAUUAGGAGAAAAAAAGGACAAUGUUCUUAGGACUCCCCUAUUUUAAUGAUAUGUGGGAAAUACUACAUAUUGGCAGGUAGUGGUACUAUAAUUAUAACCUAUUGAGAGUUAUCAGUAUCAGCUGAAAGAUUCUGUAAUUUUCAAUUCCUUGCUUGCUCAGUUGAUUUAGAUCUGAUCUUUUGAAAUAUACAUGUACAAACUCAUUGAAAUACUUUUGGUACUGUAUCAGCUAAAUAUUUUAUAUUACAAAUUCAUGAAAAGAAAGAAAAAUGAAUUUAGGGUAACGUUAUGACUUGGAUGCAUAAAUGAUAAAUAUGUCAUAUUUGAUAAUAAAGAUAUCGUCUUUAUAAUGAGAUUUUAUCAUCAUGAGUGUGGUGCUGGGGGAAAAAACUGAAUGGUAAUUCUUAUGAUACAGUGUUUCUUGUUGUCUCAGCAGUUUUGGUGCUUAUUUUGCAUCAUCUUAAAUUCUUUUAUUUUGUGACAUGGCAACUACACUACCAAAGUACUUUAUGACCUUUUAGAAGACUAUAGAAGACUUUUUAGAAAAUUUUAUUUGUUCUGUUACAUCCUGUAUAAUCUAGUUCGGGGUUGUUUCAGAAUAUAUUUUUUAUAUAUUGCUUGUGUUAUGGUUCUUCUUGAACUUAGAAUCUUCUCAAAUGUUGCUAAUAUAGUCAACUUGACAUCAGUGUCAUUGCACCUUAAAAAGGUUUUUCAAGCAGUACUAGAUGAAAAAGUCAAGGGGUUGUUGAUUUUACAUAGUUCCAACAUUCAAUAAGAACUGUUAUCAAUAUGCUAAACAUGAUUUUUCCUGUUUUUAGGCCUAAAACGUGUAAAUUUGUACUUACAUAGAAAUAUACAUGAACUGUCAUCAAUAGCUUUGCUGUUACAAGACAGUUCUUGUUAUAUUAUUCUGGUGCUACUGUACAUGUAGAUCACAUGAGUACUAGCCUGGUCUAUCAAUGUACUUAUAUAUCAAUGUCACAUGCAGAACUUCUUUUGGUUGCGUUAUUAAAGCUUUCUUCUAUUGAUGUUACCAACCUGAAGAAAAUGUUACACAAUAUGGCUAGUACUUCUGUGUAGGUCAUGCCCUGUUACUCUGUACAAGAUUGAUGAUCAUUUAAUUUACCAAACAUUUUCUGAUGCAAAAUGUAGUAUUUUGUUCCAUGGUAAUGUCAUCAAAAAUGUUGUUGUUGAUAUGAAUGAAAUGUUUGAUUCACAUUCAUUUGCUGUGUAAUUAAGUAUCUAUUUAUUUUUUUGUUUUUCAAAGAUCAUACACACCUUCUCACACAUGCACAUUUCAGCUUAUAUAUAAAAACAGAAUGAACUGCUUUAAGACUGUAGUAUACAUGUAAACAUUAACCAAAACUGGGUGUUGUUCAGAGUUCUGUACUGAACAUGAGUGUGUGACAGGAUAAUUCUUCACUCUGCUGAGUUAUUGGCUUAUAUAUUUUAUACGAUUUUUUUGUAGUUUUUCAAUUUACAUUAUAUAAUCAUGUGUAUUGAUUAAAUAUGGUACUUUG